AUGCAUCUCAAACCUCUCUUCCUCCCCCUUCUAGGCCUCCUAGCCCAAACAAACCAAGUCCACGCUAUCGCCGUAGCCAAACCCUCACUCUCAACCUCAAACCGAAUAGCAUGCCAACGCUCAGCCCAAAACUGUCCCGAAGGCACAAUCAUCGUCUCGCCAACCGACCCUCGUGCGAAAUUCACCACAAUCCAAAGCGCCAUCAACUCCCUUCCGAACGACGCCUCAACGCAAACAAUCCUCAUCCUGGAAGGCACCUACUCCGAACAAUUAAACAUCACCCGCGCAGGACCGAUCACUCUCCUCGGCGAAACAGACGCUGCCACAGACCCCUCCAGCAACAGAGUGACUGUCUCCUUUAAUGCGGCGAACAGCAAUACCACCGCAGCCCUGGAUAAUGUGUGGUUUAGCGUGAUGGUCGUGGCGCCUACGUUGAAUGCGAGUCUCGUUGGUUCGGGCACGACGGGAUUUGCGGUCCCGGAUGACACGCCGUUUGGCAAUCGCGAUUUCAGGGUGUACAAUGUGGAUUUUGAUAAUGCUUAUAAGCCUUAUUCGGAUGGUCCGGCUGCGGCUUUGAGUUUCAGUCGUGCGAAUGGGGGUUUCUAUUAUUGUGGUUUCUAUUCUUAUCAGGAUACGAUCUACAUUGGAAAACUCGGAAACGCCUACUUCUACAAAAGCGUCAUAGCAGGGCAAACGGAUUUCCUCUACGGGUUCGGCACGGCUUGGAUACAAUCAUCCGAUAUCAGACUCCGAAGCUGUGGAGGUGGAAUCACGGCUUGGAAAGGAACGAACACAACCUUUGAGAAUAAAUACGGGGUUUACAUCGUUGAUAGCAACGUUGCUGCAGUGAAUUCGUCCAUCGCACCUGUUAUCAAGGGUAAAUGCUCGCUGGGUCGGCCGUGGAAUUCGGAGCAUCGAUCUAUCUUUGCGAAUACGUGGGAAGAUGGAAGUAUCUUGCCUGCAGGGUAUACUCAUUGGAUUUCAAGUGGAGUUGAUCGCUUUGAGGAGGGGAUUACGCUUAUGGCGGAGUAUCAGGCUUAUGGGCCGGGAUUCAAUCGGACGGCUAGGGUGGAAGGCGCGAUUGAUACUUUGCUUACGAAGAGUGAGUAUGAAAAGUAUUCUACUCCUGAGCUUGUCUUUCAGAAUCAGAAGGGUGUGUUUGGGGAUGUUAGUUGGAUUGAUUGGGAGACUGUUGAGGGAAAGUGA